AUGGAAAAUUUAACAAAAGAAGAAGGAUUAAGAUCAUCAUCAUCAUUCAAAACUCCAAAAGAAUUACUAUUAGAAUUACACCAAUUUACAACCAGUCAGAAUGACUCAUUUAUAGAGAUAUUAGGAUUAAUAAAAUCGUUCUCUAAUUCAACCAACACUAAUAAUACCAUUAAUACUACUACUGCUACUUCAACUUCAUCUAUUGCAUCUGUUGCUAGAGGAUUAUAUACAAAAAAUAAUGAAUUAAAUAAAAUCAUUUCUAAUGUUCUACGAAAUAUAAUUGAUGAAAAACAAUCAUUUAAAAAUUUGAUAAAUGAAUUUAUAUUGAUAUUUGAUAAUAAUUAUAUAAUUUUAAUUAACAAAUAUUUGAAAAGGUUAAAAGAUCUUGAAGUUAAUGAUAAUUUUAUUUUUGAAAAAUUAAAUUCACCUAUAAUUCAACAAAUUAGUUUUAUUCAGAGUUUUGUUGAAAAGUGUGUACUAAAUUUAAGAAAUCCAUUCAUAAUUGAAAAAUUAAAAAGUAUCAGUUUACAAUUGACUCAAUUAAAUGAACAAAAUCAAAAUGAUAAUUUGCUUAAACAAUUAAAUAACAUUAAAUUUGAUCAUAUUCAAUCAUUUGAUUCAUCAUCGAUUGUUUCUAGUUAUUUUACUAUUGAUCAAAUCAAAGAUAGGACUGGUACUUCAAAGAUUUAUAUGAAUAACAAUUUGAUUGAAUUAAUAUUACUAGAUUUAAACAAUGGAAUAGAUUAUAAUGCAUUAGCUAUUGUAUCAAUAAAUGAAAAUGAAGGAGAAAUUGUUAAAAAUUUAAUAUAUCCACCUUUUCGUAUUAAUGAAUUAUCACUAUCUUCAUGGAAAAAUGAAAUUUACCUAAAGAUGAUUAAUUUUAAAGGAGAUGAAGAUUAUAAUUUAAUGAUUCUAAAUUUCCAAAAUCAAGAAUUAUGUGAUUCAUGGGUUGAUAAAAUUUCAAAAAUAUGUCCAUUAGAAAGGAAUAAUUCACCAUUAAGUGAGAAUUUUUUAAUUGAAUCACCAACAAAGCCAAAUAAUUUAUCAGGACUAGGUAUUAACCUAGUUACAGAUUCAGAACAUAAAAGAUAUUUAUCAUCAUCAGAAGAAACUCUUGUAUUAAAUAAAAAUUCAAUCAUUUCAUCCCCAAUUAAAAAACCUAGAGCUGAUUCAUUUGUAUCUCAAUAUGAUAAAUCAUUACCAAUUAUUAAAAAGACAAUCACCAAUAACUAUGAACAAGAACAAGACGAUGAUGAAAAAUUAUUUCGAAUAAUUAAUAGAAGAAAAACAUCAGAAGAUUAUCUGGAUGAAUCAAAAGAAAGACCAAUUUCAUCACAAGCUGAAUUUUGUUCACCAGAAAGUAUUGAAUCAAUACAUGAUCCAAUAAAUUUACAACCUAUUCAACCUGUUUAUAAACAAGAUUGUUAUUCAGUACCUGAUUUAAGAAAUAAUAAUCCUUCCAGAUUAUAUCAAUUAUCAACUGGUUCAGCUAUUGAUAUUUCAAAUUUUGGUAAAAGUCAUCAACCUGAGUUUAAACCACCAAAGAAGAAAUCUGGAUUUUUUCAACUUUUCAAAAAGAAUUCAUCAAAAAUUGAUAUAAAUUCAUCUAAAUCAGAUAUAAAUUCAUCUAAAUCAGAAAUAACAACUUUAAAUAAUAAUGAUUCAAAACCUUCAAUUAAUGAAAUAUCAACACCUCCUCAAACACCACCUCAAUAUGAUGCAAAUCCAGAAAAAUCAAUGACAAGAUCAGUAUCUAAAAUCCCAGCACCAUUUGCAUUACCAUCAUCUACAUCAACUUAUUUUUUCAAACAACCAAAUUGUAGUGUUUUAUCAACUGAUCAAACUAAUGAAGAUUCUGAAAAUGAUUUAAUUAUACCUCAAAAUUUAAAAAAUCAAAUAAAUCUGGAUUUAACAAAAGAUUAUUAUAUAUCAGAAUCAAUACCAAAAAAUUUUAAAAUUUCAAAAUGGAAACAAAAAUAUGGGAAAUGGGAAAUGAUAACUACAUCAGAAUCAAUAUUUGUAAAGAUUGUAAUUGAUUCAGAAAAUAAUAAUUGUUGGUUAAUUAUAUUUAAGGAGGUAAUUGAAAAUUUAGAAAUUAUUGAUAAACCAGUGUUAUUGUUAGAUAUUAAUAAUCAAACAAAAAUUAGAUUAUCAUCGCCAUUAGAUUUACAAAUUAAUACAAAAAAUUCAAUAACUAAUGAGAAUCAAUUAAUAAUGAUUAGAUGUAAAACAAAUUUAAUAAUUGAAAAUUUACAAUUCAAUUUAAAUAAUGUUUUAAAUUUAUUACCUUCAACUAUAAGUUAUAAUUCAAUAAGUACUAUAACAUCAUCAAUAAUGGAUAAUCAAAGUCAAAGUAAAUCAUCAACUUUUUCAAGUUUAAAUUCAAUUUUAAAUAAUGAUAAAGACAAUUUAAAAUUAGAAAUGAUUAUAAGAUUACAAAAAAAUUUAGAUUCUUCACGGUUAAAUAAUCCAUCAUCUUGGGAAAUUAUAUCAAUGAUGAAAAUUUUAAUUUUUAAAAAUUUUGAAGGUGGAUUUAAUUUUAAAUUCUAUAAUGAAUUAAAUGAAUUAAAAUAUAAUUGGGAAUUUUCAAGUAGCUCUAAAAAUUUUAAAAAAAUUGGUAAAGCUGGUUUAUUAAUUCAAUUAGAUAAUAAUGAAAUUUUUAUGAUUGAAUGUAAAGGUAAAAAAGAAUUUAAAAAUUUAUAUGAAAUAUUUUAA